UUUCCUUCUUCCAAACAUCCAGAUCAAGAAAGCGAGCAUUUCGCGAGCGAACGCAGCAAGCAGUAGUGCAGGGGCAUCGCCAUCAUCUCCCUCGUCGUCGUACCAUCUUGCCGUGAUGUAGAUGUGUUACCGACGUCGUCGAAGAGAAUAUGGUGAUGCCUAGGAUUUGGGCUGGGUGGAACCAUUCGAGGGCGAAAGCCGCGCUCAUCUGGGUGCUCUGCUUCGCGCUGUUUCACUUCCUUCUUCGCAUGGCGCUGCACAAUUCAUUGCCGGGUCCCGUCCCCACCCCGUCCUCCGGCGCUUCAUCGGAUAUCCCAAUUUCUAACACAGAGCGGAGGUUUAGAUUGUAUGAUCGAAUGGCAAAAGACUUGGAUGAGCAUGGGGCCGCAUUCCUUAAACACGGGGAGACCUCCCAGUCAUUGUCCCUCUCAGAACUAUUCACUUUGGUGGAUGGAGCUGUGAAACCCGUACCUAAGGUUGCUAAUCCUCCUGUCCGAGCGAAUGUAUUGUACUUAAGUUCAAAAUACUCAAAACCCAUAGCGGAUUCUGUACGGCAAUUAUUUGGACCAUAUUUUGAUAAAGCAAUCUGGUUUCAGAACUCUAGUGUAUAUCAUUUUAGCAUGUUCCAUGCCUCUCAUCAUAUCUCUCCUGUUCCAACCUCUGAAGACGAGAUUGAAGCUGAAGCUACUGCUGUGAGGGCAGUUGCAGACGCUGUAUGCCCUUUGAAGAUUGUCUUGGAUAGGGUGGUUUUGACUUCAACUGGUGUGCUUCUCGGUUGCUGGCAGGUUAUCUCUGGGACCGAUCCUAUCUCCAUACGUGCAAAGUUGAGAACUGCACUUCCGCAUGCGCCAGAAAAGCAACUUUAUGAUGCUGCUAUUCUUCACACAUCCUUUGCGAGGCUCUUGGGUCCUCCUAAAACCACUUCCAAGGACUUGAGUACAAAUUCAGAUCAGCUACAGUUCUUCCAUGAUCUGGUUGCCGAACUAAACAAGAAACUUCGAGGAUCUGAGGCAUUGGUGUCUGAGCUCUGGUAUGUCGAGGAAUAUGACGUCUUGGCUUUAGCAAUGGAUGGAAGAAUGAAAGUUCGGAGGUUCCAGCUUGGUUGCACCGGAGCCUAGGGCGUUUUAUCUGCCGCACUACAUGUAAACAAUACAACGCAAUAUACAUAACUCUCUGGGUUGAAAGCUCUUGAAUACUGAUCUUUUGAACAUUGCUGCGGAAUAUAGUGAAAGGACUCUGAUAUACGAUAACUUCAUAUUACCCACUCCUUUAAUGGAUCAUGAGUGCAUCUUACUGUUAAGAUGAGUCUGUUAUAGCCACCACGAAGACAAAUGUUACUUUCUUUCCAAUUGCAACUUCAUUCCUCUA